AGCAAAGCAAGAUGGCGGAGAGUUCAGGUGAUGAAGAUUGUACUGAAACAGAUUUUGUCUUUUAUCGCGAUCGAGAAGAAUGGAAGGAUGUCACUCCUGUUGAGCAAGAUGAUGGGCCUUAUCCAGUAGUUAGAAUUGCCUACUCUGAGAAAUGUAAGUAUCGGUAAUUUUCACGUUGUUGUGCGUGGCUUCAGUCUAUGCAACCCCAAAUUAAACGACAGUUGUGUGUACCGGGGACAAUUUAAAAACUUCUGAUCAAAAUCUUUUUCUCCCCACGGCACAUACUGGAGGUUAUAAAAGAAGCUUCGCUUUUAGAGGAGCUCUUUCAUGUAGCGCCCUGAAACUAGAGCCGAAGCAAGAGAAUUCUUAAGCUGCUUCUAAGUUUCACUCUGUGAAACAACCGCCCUUUCAGCUCAUUACUUGACAUCCGUCCGUUAUUUAGUUUAGUCAGUAAUAAAGCUACACCUAGUUGUUAUUGAUUUAGUCAUUAGUCAGAUUAGUCUUUUCAUUUUUUGUUUGUAUUUGUAGAAUUAGUGAAGCGUGGCUCCUAGUGAGAUUCAAAACACUUACAAUAUUUAAAAAAUAAAUUCUAGUCGCAAAGUCUCAGAUUUUAGUCUAGUAGCCGAAAAUCUAAGACUUUGAGACUAGAAUGGGCAUUUAUGUAAUUACUUAAAAUAUUAUUUACAUGAACCAUCAGCAGGAAAUUAUUUAAUAACUUCAGGCAUGGGAAGUGGCAGGCAGGAAGUAAGGUAAGGGGGAGAAGAAAAACCCAACUACUUCCUCAUUUUACGUAACCAUGAUAAUAUUAUGUUAUUCGAUAUUUUCAGUUAAAGACGUAUUUGACUACUUCAGGGCUGUUCUGCUAGAAGAUGAAAGAAGUGAUCGUGCUCUUGAACUGACUGAAGAUGCUAUAAGUCUUAAUGCUGCCAAUUAUACUGUAUGGUUAGUGCUUUUUAAAGUAGUUAUUUUUGUUCUGGCAUAAUAUCCUCUCAAGAAUCAGCCGGCCUCUUCCCCUCCUUCUUCUAGUAGUAAUCUGCAAGUGUUUGACAGAAUGGUAGUUUGAUAUCCGUCAAUUCCAAGACACUUCUUGUUAAGGUUUCACAGAGCAUCAAAUCAUGGUUUGCACACACCUUGAAAGUCCAUUUUGAAUUUCAAUGCUAACUUUAUAGUUUAAGUAGAACUCCAAAGGAAAAGUCAUUGGUGUGUUUCAAUCCGUGUAUUGUCAGAGUUAAACAGUUGUUUAUUGUUAGUCAAAUUGUUGGUUGUCCAGUCAUUCAUUUGAUUACCGCACAGCUUGCUGAAAUGUCAGUCACUGUCAACAACAGUCCUAUUCAGGACUAUGUUCUCCUGGACGAUCAUACUCAACUUACAUAUGAAAUGACUAAUACACCUUGUCCUGGAAAUUAUUGUGUCAACUGUGACUACCUUAUUUGAGAUCAAAAGAUGGAAAAUAAUGGCUCUGUUGGGCAGCACUAACCUGUAUAGAUAUUUUAAACGGAGGGAUGAUGCCAAAUGGAGAGAUUUAUCAAUUUUUUUUUUUUUCACUUGUUGAAAGGCAUUUUCGUCGUGUUUUGCUGAAGUCUUUGAAUAAGGAUUUAAACAGCGAGUUGGAAUUUGUAGGACAAGUCAUUAAAGAGCAACCAAAGAACUACCAAGUGUGGUGAGUUGUAUUCUUAAGUUUCUAAAAGUGGAACUUACUACACCCCUUGGUUUCACUUACGUCAGCAAGGACCUGCAGAUUUUAAUUCCUUAACCCAGGGCUAGCUGUCACUAAUGGCUGGCAGCUGGGGAAAAUUCCUUCUUUUAUAGGAAAAAAAAAGGAAAAAAGAACCAAAGAACUUCCUAGCCUUUCAUUCCCCAACUAUUAGAUGUAUAUACGUACGUGGUACCUUGAAAUUUUAGUGACAGCUCUACCCUAACCAGUUUAGGCCACCAUUGGUUUAAUUUUUAUGUCUCAGUCUGUGAUCAUCAGAAUUUUGCCAUCCAUCUCUUAACUAGUAACUAGACUUCUACUUGCGCUCAUAAUGACCAUUAGCCAAGUGAACCAGGGCCACCCUUUUUUCUGUGAAAAUUAUUUCGUAUAAAUUUUAACGAGUUCUCAAAUUUAAAAAAAAGGUAUAUAUACAGCUGCCAAGAGUCCUACCCCCCUCCCUUUUCUGAACUUUCUGGAUAUGCCCCUGUUGUUUGUAAAUUAAUAAACUGGAGUCCAGCUCUCCAUUACAUAGUGAGCAUCUCUCAAAACAGCCUCUAAGUGCUGUCCUGACAGCCAUUGUGUCAACAAUCUUGGACAAAAAUGUUAAGAAAAAUGGACUUACUGCCAUGUCUAGUUUCAAGAUAAAGCUCUUAAAAGCACGAACAACUACAAGUUCUCCCACCUUCUCCACAAGAGGCAAUCUUGAAGUCCCGCUGGAUCAUUUCUGUUCCCGACUUGACACAAUUGAAAAUUGGUUGGGCAAGGGGAGGGAAGGGGCCAUUGUGCUAUCAAAUCUGUGGGAUAGACAUUUUGUGGUUAAGAAAGUGAAAAAUUCUUAACACUUUUUGUCUUAUUUUUAUGAUCAAAAGAUCAGCCUUACAACUUCUUGUUUUUCUUUCACAGGUAUCACAGAAAAGUCAUAGUUGAAUGGCUCAAGGACCCACGUGAUGAGCUACAGUUCACAGAAGACAUUCUACAACUGGAUGCAAAGAACUAUCAUGCAUGGCAACAUCGACAGUGGGUCAUCAAAGAGUUUGGUUUGUGGGAGAGAGAACUGGAUUAUGUAGAUAAACUUUUGACAGAGGAUCUAAGAAACAACUCAGCUUGGAAUCAGAGAUAUUUUGUAAUUAGUCAAACCACUGGUUUUACCGAAGACGUUGUGGAUCGAGAAGUCAAGUAAGGAAGUAAAUAUUUUUCACACUGUGAUUUACAUGUAAUUGUUGAGGAAUUUUUGGAGAUUUUUCUAAUUCAGCAUAAUCGCUGUUUUGUUUUCUUUUAGAUUAACAAUGGAUCUAAUAAAGAGAGUACCAAAUAAUGAAAGUGCCUGGAAUUUCCUUAAAGGGUAUUUUACAUUCUACUUUUUCCAUGUAAAUUUAUGGUAUACUUUAAGAAAAACUGAAGCUUUCCUUGUUAAUAGAUGUGCUAACUCACAGCACUUGGAGCUUUUGCUCUUUCAAAUUCGUGCAAUUAUUGAUAUGAACAGAAUUGGAAGUUGAGAAUUCAGAAAUGUCAAAUACUCUUGCCCAAAGCAUGGGAUAGACAAAAAGCUUGAGACCACUAGAGAAUACCUGUCAGUAAUAAUUUUUAAAAACACAACAACACUUUUAAGUUUGUGGAACAUGUUUCAAUGUUCCGAACAUCAUCUUCAGCCAUACAAGGUAUAAUACUAAUAGUGUACAAGUAAAUCAGUACAUACAACUACCUUGUACCUUGUAUGGCCGAAGAUGAUGUUUGAAACAUCAAAACAUGUUCCACGAACUUAAAGGUGUUGUUGUGUUUUUAAAAAAUUAUUGCUGCAUUUGUGCUAUCAAUACCUGUCAGUGCUUUAGCUAGAACCUUUACUUGGUUCAUGAAAUAUGCUACCUAUGAGCACUACAUUCUUCCAGGAUUAUAAAAUUAUGUCAAAGGGUCAUAUAUGAUAAGAAAUGAAGCAUGGUAACUUUGGAACUGUAGGUCUUUCUGGAUAAAUAAUCUGGCCUUUCCUUCAAGGCCUUUCAGCUAUUACUGUAGUUUUUAACCAUAAAUACCUGAGUGCAUGGUUCAUAGAGUAUUUUGCUUUUGCAGUGUCCUCUCCAAGACUGGACUUAGUAAAUAUCCAGGCUUAAAAAGUACACUAUUAGAAAUGUUCAGUAGUGGAAUUGAUUCCCCGUACUUGAUGUCAGCGCUAAUCGACAUCUAUGAAGAGGAGCUUAAGAGUGGAGUUGCUGAUUCAAAUUGCUUGGAUCAAGCUUUAGAGGUA